GUGACUCGCAGCCGCUGCGGGGACUCUGGCUCCAGGCUCCCGGCGAGAUCCCCGAGCCCCGGCGGCUGGUGCUGGGAGCCCGGAGCCCGGGCUGCAGCCGGGAGAGGGGAAUCUCCAGCAGGGCCCUUCCCGCUGCUCCCCAGGAGCCUCUCCCAGGGCAGAGCCCCCAGCCCGGCCAGGCCCCUUCCCGGCCCGGCCCCUGCCCCAGGGGGCCCCGCUCGGAGGGAAGGCUGAGGAAUCACGUCCACCUUUUGCUCCAGAUGGGCCCAUCUUCCAGGAGACAGGGAAGGGAAAUGUCUGUGAUGGAGCCAGCUCAGAUGACAGUGACCUUCGAGGAGGUGGCUGUGUAUUUCACCCAGGGGCAGGGGGCUCUGCUGGACCCCGCUCAGAGAGCCCUCUACAGGGAUGUCAUGCAGGAGAACUACGAGACGGUGACCUCUCUGGGAUUCCCCCUUCCCAAACCUGAGCUGAUCGCCCGGCUGGAACAAGGGGAGGAGCCCUGGGUGCCCGAUCUCGAGGCCUGCAAGGAAAGAAGGCUUCUGAGAUGCACCCGUACAGCAGGUGCUGAGCGAGGGACUGAGAAUGAGGAGGGGAAUCAUCAUGAGGAAGUUCCUGGGGAAGUGGAACCGCAGGGGAUCUUUGUAGGAAGAGCUGAAGGGAAUUUUUCCCAGUACUUGGACCAGGCAGAAGCCUGGGGAAGUUGGCACAGGUCAGAGAGGCUUCUGGGACACUUCCCAGGGAAGAAACUGGAUGAAUCUGUUAACGGUGGGGGAGGAGAGGAGGAUCCCACAGCGCCGCAGACAAAUGCCAAGAAAGAGCCACCCUGGCACUACCUUCAGUCUCUCGAGUGCGGGAAAUGUUUCAUAUCAAAGACACAAAUAAUUAGACCUCAGUUAAGCCACACAGGGGAGAGACCCCACAACUGCUUGGACUGUGGGAAAAGUUUCACAGAGAGGGCAAACCUUGUUCAACAUCAGGCAAUCCACACAGGAGAAAGACCCCAAAGGUGCUUGGACUGUGGGAAAAGUUUCAUACAGAGGUCACACCUAGUUCGUCAUCAGUCAAUCCACACAGGGGAGAGACCCCACAAGUGCUUGGACUGUGGGAAAAGAUUCAUAAGAAGAUCACACCUUGUAGAACAUCAGGCAAUACAUACAGGAGAAAGACCGCAAAGGUGCUUGGACUGUGGGAAAAGUUUCAUAAGAAAGUCAAACCUUGUUAAACAUCAGGCAUUACACACAGGAGCGAGACCCCACAGGUGCUUGGACUGUGGGAAAAGUUUCAUACAGAGGUCACACCUAGUUCGUCAUCAGGCAAUCCACACAGGAGAGAGACCCCACAAGUGCUUGGACUGUGGGAAAAGUUUCAUGAGAAGGUCAAACCUUGUUAAACAUCAGGCAAUCCACACAGGAGAGAGACCCCACAAGUGCUUGGACUGUGGGAAAAGUUUCAUAAGAAAGUCCGACCUUUUUAAACAUAGGGCAUUACACACAGGAGAACGACCACACAAGUGCUUGGACUGUGGGAAAUGUUUCAUAGAGAGGUCACACGUAGUUCGUCAUCAGGCAAUCCACACAGGGGAGAGACCCCACAAGUGCUUGGACUGUGGGAAAAGUUUCGUAACAAGGUCCGACCUUGUUAAACAUAAGGCAUUACACACAGGAGAAAGACCACACAAGUGCUUGGACUGUGGGAAAUGUUUCAUACAGAGGUCACACCUAGUUCGUCAUCAGUCAAUCCACACAGGGGAGAGACCCCACAAGUGCUUGGACUGUGGGAAAAGAUUCAUAAGAAGGUCACACCUUGUUAAACAUCAGGCAAUCCACACAGGAGAGAGACCCCACAAGUGCUUGGACUGUGGGAAAAGUUUCAUAAGAAGGUCACACCUUGUUAAACAUCAGGCAUUACACACAGGAGAAAGACCCCACAAGUGCUUGGACUGUGGAAAAAGUUUCAUACAGAGGUCACACCUAGUUCGCCAUCAGGCAUUACACUCAGGAGAGAGACCCCACAAGUGCUUGGACUGUGGGAAAAGUUUCAUAGAGCAGUCAAACCUUGUUAAACAUCAGGCAAUCCACACAGGAGAAAAACCCCACAAGUGCUUGGUCUGUGGGAAAAGUUUUUUACAAAGAUCAAACCUUGUUCAACAUCAGGCAAACCACACAGAAGAGAGACCCCACAAGUGCUUGGACUGUGGGAAAAGUUUCAUAAGAAGGUCACACCUUGUUUAUCAUCAGACAAUCCACAGGGGAGUAAGACCCCACAAGUGCUUGGACUGUGGGAAAGGUUACAUACAAAGGUCAGACCUUGUUAAACAUCAGGCAUUACACACAGGAGAGAGACCGCACAAGUGCUUGGACUGUGGGAAAAGUUUCAUAAGAAGGUCAGACCUUGUUAAACAUCAGGCAUUACACACAGGAGAGAGACCCCACAAGUGCUUGGACUGUGGGAAAUGUUUCAUAGAGAGGUCAAAGCUUGUUCAACAUCAGGCACUCCACACAGGAGAGAGACCCCACAAGUGCUUGGACUGUGGGAAAAGUUUCAUAAGAAGGUCAGACCUUGUUAAACAUCAGGCAUUACACACAGGAGAGAGACCCCACAAGUGCUUGGACUGUGGGAAAUGUUUCACAGAGAGGUCAAAGCUUGUUCAACAUCAGGCAUUACACACAGUAGAGAGACCCCACAAGUGCUUGGACUGUGGGAAAAGUUUCAUAAGAAGGUCAAACCUUGUUCAACAUCAGGCAAUCCAUACAGGAGAGAGACCCCACAAGUGCUUGGACUGUGGGAAAAGUUUCAUAAGAAGGUCAUACCUUUUUCAGCAUCAGGCAAUCCACACAGGAGAGAGACCCCACAAGUGCUUGGACUGCGGAAAGUGUUUCAUAUGGAGGUCUGACCUUAUUAAACAUGGAAUAAUCCAUACAGGAUCUAAACUUCUGUGACACGUGGCAAGAAAGGGUUAAGCAAAUUGCCUGUAAUUGACUCAGGGUCAACGUUUAGAGAGAGAUUUUAAAAGUGUGUCCACCUUAGAUAGCUAGAGUUUGUAAUGUAAAUGUGUAUUUUCAAGGACUUGGAAGAAGAGGGCAAGUCAUGUCUGAGUAACCUAAUUGCCUUCUAUGACGAAAUAACUGGCUCUGUGGAUGAGGGAAAAGCAGUGGAUGUGUUAUUCCUUGAUUUUAGCAAAGCUUUUAUAUGAUCUCCUACAGAAUUCUUGCCAGCAAGUUAAAGAAGUGUGGGCUGGAUGAAUGGACCAUAAGGUGGAUGGAAAGCUGGGUACAUCAACGGGCUCAACUGGUAGUGACCAAUGGCUCCAUUUCUAGUUGGCAGCCGGUAUCAAGAGGAGUGCCCCAAGGGUCGAUCCUGGGGCCGGUUUUGUUCAGUAUCUUCAUUAAUGAUCUGGAGGAUGAUGUGGACUGCACCCUCAGCAAGUUUGCACAUGACACUAAACUGGGAGGACUGGUAGAUACGCUGGAGGGUAGGGACAGGAUACAGAGGGAUGUAGACAAAUUAGGGGAUUGGGCCAAAAUAAAUCUGAUGAGGUUCAACAAGAACAAGUGCAGAGUCCUGCACUUAGGAUGAAAGAAUCCCAUUCACUGCUACAGACUAGGGACCGACUGGCUAGGCAGCAGUUCUGAAGAAAAGGACCUAGGAGUUACAGUGGAUGAGAAGCUGGAUAUAAGUCAACAGUGUGCCCUUGUUGCCAAGAAGGCUAACGGCAUUUUGGGCUGUAUAAGUAGGAACAUUGCCAGCAGAUCGAGGGACGUGAUCGUUCCCCUCUAUUCAACAUUGGUGAGGCCUCAUCUGGAGUAUUGUGUCCAGUUUUGGGCCCCAGACUACAAGAAGGAUGUUGAAAAAUUGGAAAGAGUCCAGCGGAGGGCAACAAAAAUGAUUAUGGGGCUGGAGCACAUGACUUAUGAGGAAAGGCUGAGAGAACGGGGAUUGUUUAGUCUACAGAAGAGAAGAAUGAUGGGAUAUUUGGUAGCUACUUUCAACUACCUGAAAGGGGGUUCCAAAGAGGAUGGAUCUAGACUGUUCUCAGUGGUACCAGAUGACAGAACAAGGAGUAAUGGUCUCCAGUUGCAGUGGGGAUAGUUUAGGUUGGAUAUCAGGAAACACUUUUUCACUAGGAGGGUGGUGAAGCACUGGAAUCGGUUACCUGGAGAGGUGGUGGAAUCUCCUUUCUUAGAGGUUUUUAAGGUCAGGCUUGACAAAGCCCUGUCUGGGAUGGUUUAGUUGGGGAGUGGUCCUGCUUUAAGCAGGGGGUUGGAGUAGAUGACCUCCUGAGGUCCCUUCCAACCCUGAUAUUCUAUGAUUCUAAGAGGGGUAACUGUAGUAGUCUAUGUUUAGCUAUCCAAAGUGUUCCUGUAUUCUGUUAAAUCAGGGAUCAAUAAUUCAGUGAUUAUGCCCAUGUCCCAUGCCACUUGCCCAAUUCCAGCUCAGUCUCUUUGAAUUCGCUGGGGGUAGGGGCUGAAGGAUGGAGGGAAAGUUUAUAGCUGAAAUUUUGCAAGGUUAGUGUUAAUCGGAUCUGUUCCACUUUCUUGCUCGGACAUUUUCUCUGGGGAUCCCAGAGACGGAAAGGAGCAGGUGUUACUAUCUUGACUCCGCAUCCCCCUGGUGACUCUCUACACUAUCAAUUCUCAAAGUGUGGGCAGAGCAUCCCAAUGGAGGCACAGGAAUGUGUCAGGGGAGGCACGAUCAGUGUGGGUUGUUGGUUUUCUUUUUUAAAGAGCACUGGCUUUCAGCCCCAGUUGGCUGGGGCUCAUGAGGAAGGAACAGGCCUAUCUGGGAGGUGGGGAUAAAUGAUCAGGCUCUCAAACCCAGGUGGAGCAGCAGCACAGAAGUCGGGGUGGCAAUGGGGUAAUAAGUCUGCUGUGAACAGCGAUAUUGAGGAAUAUCACUCUUCACGUAGCCACCCUAACUUCUGUGCUGCUGUUGGAGACCUUCAGAGCUGUGCACAUCACAAGCGACUACUCUGCCUUUAGAGCUGGGUGGUGAGACAUGUGCUUUUGAGGGUGUGGGCGUAAAUGACCACAGACACCAAGGUGGUGUUGGCAAUGAAACACAUCUGAGGACCACUGGUCUACACUCUUAUGGGCACCACGUUUAUAAAAUGAUAAAUCUUCUCCAAAGUAUGUCUUGUGAGGUAUCAUGGGAAAAGUCAUCAUCUGCUGAAUAUUAUUGUCCCAUUAAAAUGUGUCUAUCAGCACUGUCCAUGGAGCUCUGAGAGUUUGCUGUAUGUUUGUUACAUGCUGUAAAGCUGGAAAACGCCCACAGACGAGCUCCUCAGAGACAAUGUCACCUGCACACCAGCUAGGUGCUACGUGGCCAGUAAUUGCUCAGCCGGCCGUUCACCAGCUGUGGAGCUGGGAACAGGAGAGUUACAAUUCUCCAGAAGGACGGCUGCACGCUCACUUAGACCACAGACUGGUUGUCGCCUGCCCCCCGGCUGGGGGAUGAACCUCAAAGAGGAGAGUGGUAUAAAAGCACAAGGGAGAAUUGCCUCCAUUUUUACCUCUCCUCUCCCAUCUUUACAGAAGGCAACAAGAUGGCUUGAAAGGCAACAGGGGCCUUGGAGUGGGGAGGAUGGACCAGGGCUGGAAGGAAAUCCAGGCUGUGUACUAAAAACUAUGAACUGCCUGCAACAGCAGGUGGGGUGAGAAAACCUGCUUGCUUCGUAUUUUCCUUAGGCCUUGGCUACACUUGCAGAUGUACAGCGCUGAGAGUUAAUCCUGACUUUGUACAGCUGAGUAGGGAAAGUGCUGCAGUCUGUCCACACUGACAGCAGCCCAGCGCACUGUCGUGGCCACAUUUGCAGCAUUUGCUGCGCCAUUGGGAGCGGUAGAUUAUGGGCAGCUAUCCCACAGAGCACUUCUUCCCAUUCUGGCACCGUGGGUUGGGGGAAGGAGGCGUGGGUGCAGGGGAUUCUGGGUCCGGUCCCAACACCCCGUUAUGCAUCGCUUCGCAUCCCAGAAAUCCCUUUGUUUCCAUCCACCUUUAGCGCCAUCUUUCAACGGUUUCUGUACAGCAUGAUCUGUCUGCGGGAAAUGGAGCCCGAACUGGUGAGGCGUAUGCUGACUUAUCUCAUCAGCACGUUACCUUUGGCUGUCGAACUAUUCCUUAAGAUCCAAAGUGACAGUGAGAGUGAGGAGUCUGACGAUGUUAUCGAGCCGCGUAACGCGUACGACACAAAAUUGCUUGUGUUAUCCAUGAACAUGUUCAGCACCGUGGAACACCGCUUUUGGGCUCGGGAAACAAGCACCGAGUGGUGGGAUCACAUCGUCAUGGAUGUCUGGGAUGACGAGCAGUGGCUGCAGAACUUUCGGAUGAGAAAAGCCACUUUCAUGGGACUGUGUGAGGAUCUCGCUCCCACCCUGCGGCGCAAGGACACGAGAUUGAGAGCUGCCCUGCCAGUAGAGAAGCGGGUGGCUAUUGCAAUCCGGAAGAUGGCAACUCCAGACUGCUACCGGUCGGUCGCAAACCAGUUUGGAGUGGGAAAGUCGACCGUUGGAAUCGUGUUGAUGCAAGUUUGCAAGGCCAUUAAUCGCAUCCUACUUAGAAGAACCGUGACUCUGGGUAACGUGAAGGAAAUAGUGGAUGGCUUUGCACAAAUGGGGUUCCCUAACUGUGGAGGGGCGAUAGAUUGGACACACAUUCCUAUUCUGGGACCACCCCACCUAGGAUCCGAGUAUGUUAAUCGGAAGGGGUAUUUCUCUAUGGUUCUCCAGGCGCUUGUAGAUCACCGUGGGCGUUUCAUUGACAUUAACACAGGCUGGCCCGGAAAGGUGCAUGACGCACGCAUCUUUCGGAACACUUGGCUGUUCAGGAAGAUGCAGGCCGGGACUUUUUUCCCAGAGCGGAAGAUCAGGGUGGGGAAGUCGAAAUGCCCAUUGUGAUCCUUGGAGAUCCCGCUUACCCGUUAAUGCCAUGGCUCAUGAAACCCUACACAGGGAGCCUUGACAGCAGCAAGGAACGGUUCAACUACAGGCUGAGCCGGUGCCGAAUGACUGUGGAGUGUGCCUUUGGCCGUUUAAAGGCCCGCUGACGAUCUCUGUAUGAGAAGCUGGACUUGGCCGAAAACAGCAUCCCCACGGUUAUAUCCGCGUGCUGUGCCCUCCAUAAUAUUUGUGAAGGGAAGGGUGAAAGCUUCACUCAGGCAUAGACCUCCGAGGUUCAAUACUGGAGGCUGAAUUUGCACAGCCAGAGGUCAGGGCUAUUACAGUGUCCCAGCACGGGGUUGCAAGGAUUAGGGAUGCCUUGAGGGAGCAAUUUGAGGCUGAAAACCAGCAGUGAUAUCUGGUGCCCUGCAUGGGAGUGAAGUGCAGUAGUUCCAAUCUUUAGGAAUCAGUGUUUGCUAAGCAGACAAGCAGACUUGCAGUGCCUGUUUAUUUCCUGGGCUAAGGAGUCUUUUACCUUAUGCAAUAAUAAAGAAUGUUUUCAAAGCCAAAAAAGUCCAUUUAUUAAAAAGAAAACAAAUUUAUUUAUUGAAAAGAAACAAGGGGUUGGAGUGGGGAACGGUACAAUCACAGAUUCGCAUAUGUCCUGUCUGGUGUGCUGUGCAGUGAGUGCUGCACUUCAGGAUAGCUAUACUGCAUGGUGAUGGGGGUUGAGUGCAGAGGGUAACGGUCGUGGUUUUCAGAGCUGCGUGGUGAAGAUACUGGUGCUGGAGGCAGCUGGUGGUGUGAAAAACACGGAAGUUGGGGAAAGUGGGUUGGAGGUGACAGUGGGGCACAACGGAAGGAGUUUUGGGACAAGAGCUGUCGGGGGGGGUCGCGUUUGCAUUUCUGGUACUGCUCCUUCUGCAUGGCUACGAGCUCCUGGAUAGCGUGUGCUUGGCGCUCCAGGAUGCUUAUGAGACGAUCCGUGCUUUGCUGCCAGUGCUCCAUGCUUUGCCUCCAGUGCGCUACGUUUUCCUGACGGAUCCUGCUUUCUCUCUCCCUCCAGUUCUGUGCUUUCUCAUUCUCUUUAAUAGAUUGCCGCAUCACUUCUUGCAGCAUGUCUUUGCUUUUUCGCCGUCUCUUCCUGAGUCUUUGCAGUCUCUGAGCAGGCGAUCAGAGGGACGGCUGAGGUCUCAAGGUUGAUGCAGCUGUAUAGGCAAAAUGCAACAUUUUACAGAAGCAUCAUUGUUUAUACCAGACAGAGUAGUGAUUCCCCCCGCACUUAAGGAGUAGAAAACACACAGGGUCUACACAAUAGCAUAAUUUUCCCGUCUGAAACAGAGCACACAUAUCCCACGGGAGCCUCAAAAUGGUGAGUAAGGGGGACUGAUUGUUUCAGGGCUGGGCUGCACUGUCCUCUGGGUGUCUGUGCCUUGGGGAGAGCCAACAGCUUCAGGGGGCACCUAGACUGAACACUGUCCAAACAUUUUCCACAGGAGUUCGUCCUGGACGAUAUCUCGCUGCUGAGGGUGACCUGGGAAGCAAGGGAGGGUCUUCUACUGCAAUGCGGCUUCUGCCCUGGCCCAUAUGCAGCUUGCCUGUGUGCAGCAAUGGUCCCCCUGCCCCUCGCGGCACAGUGGCGCGGACACGUUAGCCUGGCUGGGACAAGGACCACGGUGGCUCUCCUGAUAAACCUGCGCAAGCGCAUUGCACGCGUUCUGGAUGAGACAUCUGAGGACGUUACCGAGGCCGAUUACCGUGAUGUGAUAAACCACAUCAAUGCACUAUUCUGCAUCUAGGCAUGCAUGCCUAACCCUCCUCUCCCAAAGAGCCCGCACAGAAAAAAUUCCUUCCCGGAAAAAAACCCGCUUACCGGGAACCUGCCCUUCUGUUUGUCCUCCACCAAGUACCGGCCGCUGCGACUGGCUACCUUCCUCCUGGCUCGAGAAGAGCGCCUGGCUGCAUGGCUCCAGGGACUCCGGGGUGUCUCCAUCCGCCCCACCACCCUCACUCCCAUUUUCCUUCUCCUCCUCCCCCCCCACCGGCUCUGAAGUGUCCAUGGAAGUGCUCGGAGUGGAGGUGGGGUUAACCCCAAGUAUCGCAUCCAGCUCUUUGUAGAAUCGGCAGCUCACGGCGGGAGCACCCGAGCGGCCGUUUGUGUCGCGGGCUGCGGUAGGCACUCCGCAGCUCCUUCACUUUAAUCCUGCACUGCAGGGCAUCCCAGUCAUGGCCCCUUUCCAUCAUGUCCUUUGAUACUUCCCCAAGGUAUCGUAAUUCCUAUGCUGGAGCCCAGCUGGGACUGGACAGCUUCCUUCCCCCAUACACUGGUGAGGUCCAGCAAGUCGCCAUUGCUCCAUGCUGGGGCUCGCUUGGCGCGUGGAGGCAUGGUCACCUGGAAAGAUUCGCUGAUAGCACUCCACACCAUGCCGGCCUGAGCAAACAGGAAGGGGAUUUUUAAAAUUCCCGGGGAAUGGAAAGGGUGGGUCACAUGAUUGGUUACCUGAGGCCAGGGCAAUAGAGUUUGAACUGAUGACCAGAGUGGCUAGAACAGGCUUUGUGGGAUACUGCCGAAUACUUCUGGAGGCCAGUCACAGCGCAUUGGAUGGCCACACUGGCGCCGCAGCACUGCAGCAGCAGUGCAAUAGACGCUAUUCCUCUUGGGGAGGUGGAGUACAUGCAGCGCUGCAACCACGGAGAUACAGCGCUGCAAAUGCCUUGCCAGUGUGGACGGGGAGUGAGUUACAGCGCUGGGGGCGGCUUUACAGCGCUGCAACUUGCAAGUGUACCAAGGACUUAGAUUGGUAAAAUUUAGGAUUUAAAAUGCAUGUUUUAAUUUUAUAGUUUUAUCCGGUUCUGACCUUUUACAUCUUUCUCUCUUGUAAUCCCUGAAAACCCCCUUGCUCCAGUUCAUAAACUGGUUUUAGUGUUU